UGUUGGAGAGAGGGCAAAAUUGUCCUCAACUGAUGGUGACACCCUACUGGAGAUCACUAUUCGCUCAUGUUCACCAGGAAUCGUCCAUGUUUUGAGGUACCAGGCUUCUUACUUUGCGAUACCUUAGAUAUUCGUAAAUGUCAGCCACGAUUAGCAAUAAAGUCAAAUUCUAGCACUAUUUCUCGUUGCUUAUCAUCCAAACGUUUUGUACAAAGAAAGCAACUUCGUUGUAGCUUGUGGGACAAUCCCGAUAUAGAGGAACUGGAAGAUUGUAGAGUGGAAGUAAUUCGACCUUACAGUAAAUAUUACGUAGAUAAACAAGUUUAUUAUUACAAAGGAAAGUAUUAUCGCAUUUCAGAUAUCGGAUUAGGAGAACAAUGGUAUGCUCUGAUACUGGAUGAUAACGAACCAACUGACUUGACUCCGGAAAGAUUUAAAGGUCUUAAAACGGUUCAAAAGAUAAAGCUAGUUUUCCAAGCUCUACUGAGUGUCGUUGUGGGUGCAGUUGUUUGGGCAGGAUGGAAUAUUCUAUUUGCUAGUAUAUCAACAUUUCUUGUGUUAUCUGGACCAUAAAUCAACUCGAGAAUAAGUUUGU